AUGGCCGAUAAACAAAGACGCCGGGAUUGUAGAGAGUUGCUCUGUUGUUUUACGUUGGCUUUCCUUUGGGAGGCAGUUGCUGGGCAGAUUCACUAUUCGAUUCCUGAGGAAAUGCAGAAAGGCUUUUUCGUGGGGAACGUCGCAAAGGAUCUGGGGCUCGAUACAAAAAAAAUCUCAGACGGUGGAGUCCGAAUUAUUGCAGAAGGUAGGACGAAAUAUUUUGCUCUCAAUUUGCAGAACGGCUAUUUAUAUCUUAGCGAAAAAGUGGAUAGAGAAGAAAUAUGUGGCCGGAUCUCAAAAUGUUUGUUACAAUUGGAGAUUUUUGUUCAGGAACAGGUUAAACUUUAUACAGUUGAAAUUGAAAUCACCGACAGAGCUGAUGGUGCAAAAUACGCUGAACUGGUGCUAGAAAAAAAUCUAGACAGAGAAGAACAAGCCGUUUACAAUCUAGUCCUCACAGCCAUUGAUGGAGGAGACCCAGUCAGGUCUGGCACUGCGAGAAUCCGCGUUAUUGUUGAGGAUGCAAAUGACAAUGCGCCAGUUUUCACACAAUCUGUUUAUAAGGUGAAUGUUUUGGAAAACGUGUCUAUAGGUUCCCUUUUGGUUACAGUGAACGCCACUGACCUGGAUGAAGGAAUGAACUCAGAGGUAACAUACUCCUUCCGGAAAAUAUCAGAGAAAGCUUCAGACAUAUUCCAGCUGGAUUCUAAAACCGGGAAAGUGACAUUGACGGGGCACUUAGACUUCGAAGAAAGUGAAUUAUAUGAAAUAGAGGUUGAAGCCCGCGACGGGAGAGGACUCUCUGCUCGCACAAGAAUUUCGUUAGGUCUUAUGGAUGUAAAUGAUAACGCUCCGGAAAUUACAAUCACAACUCUCAUCAGCUCGAUCCCCGAAGACUCCUCAGAGGGAACUGUGAUCGCCUUUUUAAAAGUACGAGACGCAGAUUCAAGAGAGAAUGGUGACGUCACGUGCUCCAUCCCAGUCAACCUCCCCUGUCGGUUACAGAAAUUAUUUGACAAUUACUACAGUUUGGUGACAGACAGAGCACUGGACAGGGAGCAGGUCUCGGAUUACAAUGUAACGAUCACAGCCACAGACAGAGGGACUCCUGCUCUUUCCACAACCACGUUAUUCCUGUUGAAGGUUUUAGACAAAAACGACAAUCCGCCUGUCUUCAGCCAGACACUCUACACCUCUUACAUCACAGAGAAUAAUCCUAAAGGGGCUUCCAUUUUCACAUUAAAGGCAAACGAUGCUGAUUGGGAAGAGAACGCCAGAGUGACGUAUUCUGUUACUGAAGGUCAAAUUCAAGGAACUCCGCUCUCCUCCUCCAUCUCCAUUAACUCCGAGACCGGGGCUCUCUACGCUCUGCGCUCCUUCGAUUACGAACAGUUCCGGGAGAUUCGGUUCCAAGUGCAGGCUCAGGAUGGGGGUUCCCCACCUCUCAGCAGUAAUGUCUCCGUCACUCUCUUUAUACUGGAUCAGAAUGACAACAGCCCGCACAUCUUACACCCCUCCUUUCCCACCGAUGGCUCCACGGGAGUGGAGUUGGCCCCCCGCUCCUCCGAGCCGGGUUACCUGGUCACUAAGGUGGUGGCGGUGGAUGCAGACUCCGGGCAGAACGCCUGGCUCUCCUACCAGCUGCUGAAGGCUACAGAGCCGGGGCUCUUCUCUGUGGGACUCCACAGCGGCGAGAUCAGGACAGCGCGCUACUUUGUAGACAAAGAUGCGCUCAAGCAAAGUCUGGUGGUUUUAGUGAAGGACAACGGGCAGCCCCCUCUCUCUGCCACGGCCACUGUCACGGUGGUGGUGGCUGACAGCAUCCCCGAAAUCCUCUCCGAUUUAAGCAGCCUCUCAUCGCCUGCAGACCCCCAGUCCAACCUCACCUUGUAUUUGGUGAUCGCUGUGGCUUCCGUUUCCUGCUUGUUCUUUACCUUUAUCAUAGUGUUAAUGGCCCUGAGGCUCCGCCGGUGGAGAAACUCGCAGCUGUUUGACUCCUCGAGUGUGACGUUCAGUGGAGUUCCCGUCUCGCAGUUUGUGGGGCUCGAUGGAGUCAGAGCUUUUCUUCACUCCUACUCACAUGAGGUUUCUCUCACCACGGACUCCAGAAAGAGUCAACUGGACUUUCCUAAUGUCAGUUGUUCAAAUACGCUCACAGAUCAGCAGCCUUCUGAGAAAUCAUGUCCUCUUUUAGUCGAAGAAGUUUCAAAUAUCAAUAUUGAAGAUCAAGUCUCCCUUCAGUAUUACUUUUCAAAACUUCAAUGA